AGACAUAGAUUUAAGAACUGUGUUGGAGGGACGCGCGGACCUGAACUUCCAGUAACGCAUUGGAACGCCGCGUAUUGAACAGAGUUGCUUUUUUUUUGCUGGAGGGCGGAGUUGUAACAAGGAUGAGGCAUUACUUUUGGCAGAUUGCAGGUGAUUUGGUUGGGUGCAUAGGCUUUCCCUCGCUUGAGAGCGGGGGAAGGAUCCACAUUUGAAAAGCUCUGAGUCAAAAUGCCCUCUAAAGCACCCUUCCACCAUUGGUUUGGCUUGCAUGAUAGAGGCAGCAGCGGUGGUGCUCUGAGGAGUGCUAAAAGUGCUUUGUGAGUGUUGUGAGUAGUUAAAAUGGUGGCUAACCCCAGCUAGCCAGUAGUGGGCUGCAAAAAAAUGAUUUAAAAGAGACCCCAAUCAUCAACAGACUUUUUUAUUCACACUCCACAUUGCUGACAUGAUUACUCAAGUACUGUAGAAUUUUCCAAUUUAUUUAGUGCAUUUUGAUACACAUUGUGAUUCUAAUGCAUUUUAAUAGUUUUUUAUGUACUUUACUGACAUUCACUUGGUGAUAUCUUAUUGUCAUUCUUGUUGGAUAUCAUUUGUGUAUGCUUUUCUUUUUUACUUGUGUGUGCAUGCACUUUCACACACAGGUACACAUUUGUGCGCACACUUUCACACAGGUAAAUUUGUACUCCACAUUUAAAAGCAAGAUAUAUAAAUAAAAAUAACCAGAAGGUAUAUACAGUGGUACCUCAGGUUAAGUACUUAAUUCGUUCCGGAGGUCCGUUCGUAACCUGAAACUGUUCUUAACCUGAAGCACCACUUUAGCUAAUGGGGCCUCCUGCUGCCGCUGCACCGCCAGAGCAUGAUUUCUGUUCUCAUCCUGAAGCAAAGUUCUUAACCCAAGGUACUAUUUCUGGGUUAGCGGAGUCUGUAACCUGAAGCUUAUGUAACCCGAGCUACCACUGUAUCAUAAAAACAGCACAGCUAAUUUUUUUGAUAAAAAACAACCAGUUUGUUAAUGUCCAAUUACUGAAUAUCCUGUGAAGGUACAAUGUAUCUUUUUGCUCUUCUGGGAUAUCAGUAUUUCCCAUAGCAUCCAGAAGGUGGUGAUGGUGUACUGUUGAUAGUAGUGGUGGUCUUUCCAAGGCACACAUUGGUGCCUUGCUAAGGCUAUUAAUUUUUUAGGGAGAAUUUAUUUCAGAUGUUAUAAGAGAAAAAAACCUGCUCCUUUUUCCUUAUGGGGUAUCCAAGAGCCCGUAUAGAGUCCUUAAGUAUGUUAUCUAUCGGAAGGAGAAAAUAACAGAGGCCAACCAGAGAAUCUUGAGAAGCAAGGCAGCUCGUAAGUCUGAUCUUUAUUACGGUAACUGUUGCAACAGGGUGCUCACAACCACACACAGGAGGCAGGAGGGACCCAGAACAACGUUGUGCGAGCCCUUAUAUAGACUUUUGAAAUUGCUCACCCUGUGGUUCAAGACCACCUCCCCAAAACAUCAUACAUACAUCACAGAAGGAGGCAGGCUACAGCAGAAAUACCGUACAUCAUUGGGGGCAGUCUACAACAGAAAUCCUGUCUGGCAGGAUACUGAUAAUGGUCACUUGAUUGCUUUACCUGGGCAGCCUGGCCAUUCCUUUUGAGAUGCUAAAUACUUAGUCCCUGAAUCCAGAUCACAGGCUCACCCUAUUCAUACACAAAUACACCCUUAAGACAGGUAAGCAAAAGACAAUGGAGAGGCUUUCCCAUUUCCUUCCUCCUUGCAGAGAAAUAAUUUGAGGUCAGUUUGGGAGAGUCAAAAUGGUUACAGGAUUGCUCCCCUCUACUAUUUCAGACACAUGGUUUAUAUACUUAUGAUUGUGUUUGCCUUCUAAAUUUAUGAACAUACUAUAUAUAUAUAUAUAUAUAUAACCUUAGAAUUCUUAUAACACAGACCAGCAAGAAUUCUCUUUUAUUUUGGAAAUGUGUGUAUUAGAAAGAAUGAACAAAAUGUUGCAGUUCAGCGAUCAUAUGUUUACCUUUAAAAGUACCAAUCAAAUCAGAGAUGAAGUAGCUGCAGCAGCUGCUCCUACCUGCUGCUCCCUUGAGCCUUUCAUACUCCCUCUUUCCCUACAUGCAGUAGCAAAUGAGACCCCACCACGUGAAAGAGAAUUGAAAAAAAGGACCUGGGGAAGAUCAGGAGCUGCAACAGGUAUAUAGGCUUUGAUUGUUGUGCCUUUAUGGCUUUGGACUGCUGUUUUAAAUGUUUCAGUAUGCAUCACUAGGUGUGUGUUUUUUGGUAACUGAUCAUAUUCUGGAUUGUGUUUUAAGAAUGUUGUUCAUACAUUGUUACUGUUUUGUAGGCUGCCGUUUAAGAAAUAAAUAAUGAAAUCAAUUCAUAUUCUCUGGAUUGUAAACUGGAAAUCCAAGAAAGAGAUUCUGUAUCAAAAGAGAUUCUGUAAUACAAAUAUUAACCUAUUUGAAUGAAAGUGUCUUCUAUUCUAAUUUGUUGGCAUCCAUCUGUCUUGAGAGACAAUAGAGUGCGCCUCCAGAGGGUUUAGGACCAGAGUAUUCCUUCCUUCUACUUCCCCAGGUUCAUGAACCCCAUCUGCCCCUCACCUGCCUCUACAGCAUGAGCAGAAACCGCCUUCUUGAACGUUGGACCCAGUAUUGGUCUUGUCCACUCAAUUUGCUGGAGCCUGUCUUUACAUGCUAGGAAAGCCCCUAACUCACUAAGGGUUUGAGACCCAUUAGCUCCCCUCACCUGGUUUAGCCAGCCAGUUGAAGCAGUUCCUGGGAUGCUGACAGCUUCUAGGAGUCACAGGUGAGAGUUGAGUGUAGGGUGGGGCACUGGUGGAGGAACGGGGGUGCGGAGGGAGCGGACCGCCCCAGGUACCACUAUUCUGGUAGGGUGCCAUCAUGGUGGUCCCCCUGGACACACACUGUGCACCCCCACGUGCGAGGUGCCACGCCCCCAGAAUGUGUGCCAUGCCCCUGGGAUGCACAUCAUGCACCCCCGGGGUACGCAUCACAGUCCCCGGGGUGCGCCAGCCACGCCCCUGCCUGCUCGCCACGCCCAGUAGCAGAGCAUGCAGCUUCCCCACUGGGGUGGGGACCAAAGGUGGACAAACUACCCUAGAAGGAGCAUGACAGCUCUUGACAGGCACCUUCAUACAUUCAGCACCUGUUCAAAUUCUUAUCUGGUACAAUCACACGAGACAGCUGCACCACAUCAGCUUCUUCACAUGUAAUGGGCGCUAUGAUUUAGGUCAGAGCAAUAAUAUUAUUAAAAUAAUACAGAACAUUCAUCCAUGAUAUAAACUGAUGUCCAGGGUCAGAAAAAGAAGAUGACAGAGACACCAAUGAGCUUAAACCUCUGAAUUACCAAAUCAGCUUAUGGCAAUUUUAUCUACCUCAUUUUUCCUGAUCUUUUUUGCAGCCAGUGCAUAAGUAGCCAGUUGAGCUAACAUUGUUACAUGGUGAGCGUUUUCGUGUUCUGAAUUCCUUCCUUUGCUUGAGAUCACUGGAGACUUAUGGCAUUUAUUUUUUAUCUUAUCAUAUAUGUUGAAAUUGUUUCAGUUUGGUUGUGUACUUUUUAAUGUUUCAUUUUUUUUUGGUAUGUUUGUAAUUAUGCAAUUUUUUCCAUUCAACAUUGAGCAUGGUUUUAACUAUGGAAAGCUGGCAUAAAAAUAAAUUAUGCAUUUAUUCAUGUAGUUAAGGUCAUGAUGAGGCAUAUUUAUUGACUGUAGAGCCAGGCUCUUUACAUAAUGUGCUUGUUAAAGCAGCUUACCCUAAAUCACAGUCCUGGGAUAAUGCAUUAGGAGAUUACUACUUAAAACAUAUUUUUGAAUGACUAUAAAUGUCAUAAGUGCUGAUAUGCCACCUCCAGUUGUUCCUUCAUAAACACUAAACGUAUAGAAUUUACCAGGAAAUAUGAGUCAACUAGAAAUUCUAGUUUAAUUAACUUGGUGACAAUUCAUCUCUGAAGACAGCUUGGUAAUUUUAUUCUUUUCCAUUACUUUUCCAGUUAGUUUCAUUUAUUGUUUUAUUUCUCUAAUAUAUAAACAAGAUUUCCUAUUCUGAAGCUGCUCAAAGCCUAGUGAAAGUGGAAAUGAGAAUGUUCAAUGUUUUUUUCCUUUUAUUACCUGCAGAUGUGGCUAUGGAUGCUUAAUGGUAUGGCAGCUUGAGAGAAGAGCAGAGACAGAAGGACACAGAUCUAUGCAACCACUUUUAAAUUAUGGCAUUAAGAGACUGAAAGAGUUACAGAGAGUGGCUUUGAGCAUGACCUUACCAUGCAGGAAGAACCUGCCCAGGUUACGCUUUCUGUACCUGCACGUAACACACAAAACUGCUCUCAGCUGUAAAGGUUUGUAUAAAGAUAAUAGAUUUCUUUCAUUCAUCCUCAUGAACAUCCGCCAUGGCACAGACCAUUGUUAUUCCUAGUAUUGACACCAGAGAGUGGUCCAAGCUACCUAUUCAGAAAAAAGCACAUAGCACAGCUCUUUCCAGAUGCUGGUAGUGGAUUCCUCAGAUGUCAGGCUUCAGGGAAUCAGCUUCCAAUCCUCCCCCAUGGCAGUAGAUGAGCGGAAUAAAGGAAAAGGAGUCUUCUUACCAGUUAGAAACUUUAAUAAACACAACUAGAGAACAAAGAACACAUCUCCUAGAAUGGCGGUGCUCCCAAUUAAGGACCCCACCCUCUUCUGUCCCUAUACAUCUAUGUCACUUCUACGUCUUAUAUUAAUCUGAUCUUGUAACCUCUGUGCUUCUGUUCUGCCACUUUCUGAACUCUCCAUGACUUUGGAGAAGGGGCGGAUGAAUGCUGUCCAGAGACUAUGAAUCUGUUAACCCUCUUUCUUCUAGUGUUUCUUCUCCUAGCUGUUCCCCAUCCAGUAUUUCCCAGCUUCUGCCUUCUGAACUAUGUCCCUCGGCAAACCACUGUUCCAAAUCUAUACUGUCUUCCUGCUCUUGGGGAGAUUCAGAAUCUGGAUCAGGAGCAGGGGGAGGCUCCCACCAUUCCUCCUCAGUGCAGUCCUCCUCAGCAUGGUCCCUGACAUCAGAGGACAGGAGAAUUCUAGCUGUCUUUCCUGCUCCCUGGCCAAAUACGCAAAUGUUUUUUUUAAUGUGGGGAGGCAUUCACAUAUGAUUCCAACUGUAUACUGAAAUUUGUAGAAUGAGCAGAUCAAAUCCAGCCUAGCCCAUGACCCUCCAUAAAAGUGAUUUUGAACAAUAAGUUUUUUAAACAAACACAUGAACAAACAAACAAACAAACAAACAAACAAACAGUUAUAUCAUUGGGACAAAAGGUUGUAUCCUUAUAUAGCUGCAACUCACUAAAGCAUACACACCCUAUAAUCAAUCUGCAUCCCCUGAUAAAUUAGCUUUUUGCAGAAAGGGCCUCAAGCUGUAAUUGAUGAUAAAAAUAUUCGUAGUGUGUUCCUUUCUUCUAUUAUUCCCAGAUAUGGCAUGAGUCAAGUCAGCAUGGUGACUCAUACUUCAACAAGCUGAUGAGGACCUUGCAAAACUCCCAACCUAAGAAACACACCGUAUGGCCAGCACCUCAUUUUAUGGGACCUACAUUCUGAGCAAGAAUCAGAGAAUAGCUCCAUCAGGUUAACAAAUGAGGGGGAUGCUUUUGGCCCAGGGGCAGCCAGUGGAUGAUACCAACCAUAAACUUGACUUUUCCAGGACAUAUUAGCACUUUUAUAACGUUGAAUAUGGAGGUGGUAUAUUUCAUGUGGGAUAGGUAUUUCCCCAUGCAUGCUCACAUUUUGCAGCACCCACACAACAUUGUUGGCAUCAAAAUCACAGCCUGUACUUUUUCUCAAUUUAAUAUGGAUUUUCCCUUUGCAGGGUAAAUACGAUAAAGUUAAAUGAAUAAACUUGUUGUCAACAAUCUGUUUGUGGUAUCUUAACACCACAUUUGCAACAUCAAGCUCAUGUCUAGAAAUGCCGUUAUGCAGAAUCAGACCAAUUGCAAUCCACCUCUAUUGCAUAUGUUGAAACAAAACUGAAUUUUGGUGUUUUGCUCUAUCUCUGAACUUCACUUCUCUACCCCACUGUACGCAUGCAGGUAUAAUCUCUUAAUAAAUGCUACAGGUGUAACUGUGUUACCAAGAAAUGAACUACAUAUGUGAUGGUAAGUCUCCUAAAUCUAUACUAACUCUCGAUUUUUACAAUAGCUAGCACAUGUUUUUCCAGCAGGAGCAUGCAUUCAUAAAGAUAAAAGGUAAAGGACUCUUGAAUGGUUAAGUUCAGUCAAAGACAACUAUGGGGUGCAGCGCUCAUCUCACUUUUCAGGCUGAGGGACCCGGUGUUUGUCCACAGACAGCUUUCCAAGUCAUGUGGCCAGUAUGACUAAACCGCUUCUGGUGCAAUGGGACACGGUGAUGAGUGCCAGAGUGCACAGAAACACCAUAUACCUCUCUGCCGGAGCGGUACCUAUUUACUUGCACUUGUAUGCUUUCGAACGUCUAGGUUGGCAGAUUCAUAAAGAUGUGCACCCUGCAGGCUGAGUAGUAAAUGGUUAAUUUUUAAUGCAUAUUCUAUGAAUAACUUUACUGCUUAUCUAAUGAAAGUAUGUCAUAAGUACACAAUAGUAUAAAAAUGCACAGUGUCAUUCACUGUCAUGUCUAUUUCCAAAGUGUUUCUUUAUCACUGAAUGAUUCAGGCAUUAUAAUUCUACAGCAAUCACCUAUAUAUAUUUCCCCUUAUGGUAAAGUUGUCUGAAACAACUGUUAACUGCCUGGGCACUUGUGUACAAUGUUCAUCUUCCAUGCAAUUUUUUUCCAUCAGCACUAUAUUCUGGGCCCCGCCUGCUAGUCUUGAUCCCAUUGUUUUCAGCCAUGGUUUGGCUUAGUGUGUGACCUGGACCCAGACUCAUGGUUUGUCUCCCACCAAGCAAAACACAAACAGUAAGAGCUCAUGCUUUGUCUGGAGGAGUCAAAACACAAGCCUGGGUUGGGAUUAUAUGCCAAGCCAUGGUUUGGCUUAGUGUUACAUGGGAACCUGCUCUCUGUUUCUUUUUGGAAGAUCUGUGUCUUGUUGAUGGUCCAGUUACUCUUCAGUUUAACACUAUAAUGCAGAGAUCCUAGAUACGAUGUUGGGCUGAACCUGAAAACUAGGUCACACCCACACCGUUGAUUUAAAGCACUCUUAUGCCACUUUAAUGGUCAUGGAGGAACUUGGGAACUGUAGAUAUUUAGGGGUGCUGACCUCACAGACCUGUAGGUCUCAACACCUUAACUAACUACAGUUCCCAAGAUUCUCUGUGAAUUUUAAAAUGGUAUAAGAAUACUUUAAACUUAUUUUCCCUUCCCUUCCUCCUCGGCUAGCACCACCUUUUGUCCCUGGUGUUUAUAUAGCUAAUACCACAUAUGCCACCUCUCACAUUUGUUUUUAAUGCUACAGUCUUGUUUGCUAUGCUGGAGCACAUAAAAGACACUCUCUUGCAAACUAGGAACACACAUAACCACCUCUAGACCAGGUGUCUAGACUAGGGGUAAACUAUUGGUCUACAACACCCAUCAUCUCUGACUAUUGGUCAUGCUGGCAGGGACUAAUGGGAAAUGGUCUAGCAAAUGAAGUUUGCUCCCUUGGCUGUAGAUCAGAGCUGGCUAACAUGUGGGUCAUGAGAUGUUGUGGAUUCCAGUGCCCAUCAGCCCCAGCAUCAUUAGGAAUGAUGGGAGUUAUAGUCCAGAAACAUCUGGAGAGCCAAAGUUUAACCAUCCAUGCUGUAAAUGUACCCAUAUUCAAAUAUUGAAUGUGGAAGUGACUGGGUAGAUAUUUUUAGUUGCCUUUAUUACUGGAUAUGGCAAGGCUGACGUACUAUGUACAGGUGGAGUUGAGAGCAGCUGAAGAAAUCCUGGGCGUUAUGAAAAGGUAUGGACACAAACAGUUUACUUUUAGUGUGUAACAAUGAUAAGCAGGAAAUAGAGAUUUAUGUUAUGAAGACACUAUUUGCAUAUGAGGGGGCUGAGCGGGUUGCAUCCUGCAACUUCGGUGGGAGUUAAAUGCUGCCAUUGUGGGAAAGCUACAAUUUCCACCCCUUCAGACAUUUAACCCAAGCAAAUUUGGGUUACCAAAGACUUUCCCAGUUUCUGAAGGAGUAGUUAGUUUCCAGCUUUACUGGGGCUAAGGCUGCAUACACACCAAAUUUAAGGCGCAUGACUCCCCACAAAGAGGAGUCUUUGUAAAUGGUUCACUUUUGGUUCUUGCAGUAAACAAGGUUGAAAACAUGUUAUUUAUAGGCAGUGGAUGUUAGACCUUGAACAGUUCCAUCAAAUUAUGUUGCUGUUUUAAUAGCAGUAGGAAAUCUCUUGGAGAACAGAGCAAUUCCUAAUAGAGCAAGGUGAGAACUCCCAGAUGAUUCCUACAGAAUCUUGCUGAGUGCUUGUUGCAGCAAGUGAUGUUCUCAACCAAACAGGAGUCAGAGCUGCAGCUACAGGGGUGGGGUCGAGGAGGCUGGUUUUUUGCCCCAGGUGAAGCCUCCAGAGGGGCACCACUGAGGCUCCCAGCCUGUGUGUGUAUGUAUGCAAAUACACAGGGGGGGUACCAAACUGGGUCUUUGACCUGGGUGAAAUAAAGCCUAGUUUCACCUCCGAGGAGAGCACAGCAUUUUGCAGAUUUGAACCCAUGAAGGGGUCAUCAUUCUCAUUGCAAAGGACUGGAAAUGCAGGGUGUGUGUGUGUAAGAUUUACUGUGCAAUUCUAUGUGUGUAUACUCAGAAGGGUGCAUGAGUCUGAAGCACAUAUAGGGACUAAAGGACUGAUAGGAAUUCAAAAUGUAAUUGCAGGGAUGACUAGCUAGCAUGCCAGUGGUCAAGGAUGGGAUCUGCAGUCCAACAACAUGGGUGUGUGUGUGUGUGUGUGAAGGAGACAAGUCACCUGUCCCUGUUGUCCUCAGACCUAUUCUUCAUCUUUCUUUUUGGAAGAUCUGUUUGUUAAUUGCCUUUCAUUUCAUCUUCAAGGCAAUUUAAAAUAAUAAAAUACAUCUAAAGGUCAGUUUAAAGAUAUAUACACUCAAGUCAGAGACCUAUAUAUAUAUUUUCUCACAGCUGGAAAAGUCAGACAAAAAUGCCUACAAUUGUUCCCUGAAAAUAGCACACCCCGCAAGCAUCCCACAAAAAAAUGGGGCAUCCCAUUUUUUCCUCUGGGAGCACAGUGGCCAUUUUGGUCACUGCAGGCUCAAGAGAUUUCGAACUGUGUUCUCACCCUGAAAAAGUGCUUUUCUCAGGGCUGCGAUCUCAGGUGGUGCCCCAAAAUGUGAGUUUUUGUGUGCUGUGAGCACAGCCCCCCCCCCCAAAAGUGUGUCUUUUGGGCUCCGUGAUCUUGCUUGGGUCACCUGACCUGCGCAGCAGCACAGACAGGAAAACAUGUGCCCCAGUUUUGGGACUCAGCAUGUUGGAAGACAUGAAAUAGUGACUGCCUAUUGUAACUCAACAGGGAUGCUAGCUGUUCCACAAAACAGGGGUAGCCACACUGACAGGCCUGCUCCAUAUUGCUGUGGAGAGGGCUCCUGGUAUUUUAUCAGCUUCAGGGAGAGAAUAUAUGUUAUCGGGCUUAGAAUUAUCUGGGACAAGUAUAUAAUUGGGGUAGGGGGAGAGUUUUUAACCUCUUCUAUAGAAUCCCAGCCUGCACUGCUUAUGAUGCUUAUCUGAAAAUAAUUGUAUGCUGGAACAAGGCAUUCCCAGGACCCAAUUAAGACUGUGUCACUUGGGAAUGGCUGCACUGUCAUGGCAACAAUAUUUUAAAAGACCUUCCCACUGGAGGCCUGUGCCACUAAUGUAUCUCCGGUCCACAAGCUGCAACUUGUUGAGUUGCUGGGUUGGUUCUGUAUCAGAAAAGUGAGGCGGCAUUGUGUAUUUUUCAUGCUUUGGAAAACAGAAAUAUAAUAACAACCAGACUCCGGUGAUCUAAGUUUGUUGAGAAUAUUCCCACAGUCAUAAAUGGUGGAAAAAUAAAUAAAGGGAAAAUAUCAUCUGGCAGUGGAAGGAAAAACUUAACAGUUCCUGGUCUGUGCACCACGGAAUAAUUAAGAGAGUAACUAAUACUAGCAGUUAUGGCUGCCAGAAAACAUGUCCCUAAUCUCAAUUUAGAUGUAAUUUAACUGUCUUAUCUACUGAUACCUUAUUCCACAAAGAUGCUAUUGCUAUUUUCCUCUCUUUUGAGGUUUUCUUUGUUCCAGAAUUUAGUCUUUUCAACUAUGUAUAGGCCAAACCUGGUGGAAGCAGAAAUACAUUUAGCAGUAUAAAACAGGAGUAAUUUCCUAUCUGUGUUAUUCUUGAGUUUGAUUCAGCAGAGAAACCUUAUGUUUCUCCAUGGAAUUCUGGAAAGAGCCUUGUUAAUAAAAGUAAUUUAAUUAAAGAAGAACUGAUUUAGGCUGAAGGCAAAGAGACAAAUCAAAAUUGCACAUUCAAGUUAGAUGCCUCUUUUAAACAAAGACUCGGCAAUAAUGCACUUAUCAGUUCCGAGAGCAACUAUUGACAUCAGUGACCACCGGAAGCGUCAUUGUUCCUGUAGGCAUCGGGGAGCACUUUCCAAUUAAAAAAGUAAAUCUCAUAAGGAGACUUGGGAAUGGGCUUCAUUGAAAAAGAAGUGAAUGAAGCUACUAGAGAUUUGACAACAAUAGCCAAAGUGAUUUGUAAUCAUGAAGGGUGGAAGAUAACAUAUAAUUUGCCUUGGUAAAAAUAGAAGGAUGAGUGGAAUUCACGCAGAUCUUCUCUUAUCUUCUACGCAGUGUCCUUUCUCAACUUCCUUCUCAAUGGAAAAACAAAACAAAAACCCAUAGCAGUCUCAACUCCCACAAGUAAGACUGCAGUUUAAGAUUAGUCAGUAUUGCCAUGGGAAAACUUCUUUCUCAAAGGUAUUUUCUCCUUAGUUGUAAAACCUUUUUUUAUUAAAAAAAAAACCAAUCAAGCUUCUAAGAUGAGGAGUGCAGUUUAGGACCCAAAUUCUAGAUACAUUUGCUUAUAGACCACAGUGUGAAUGGUUCAGAUCCACAGUGGUUUUGCGCGCACACACACACACACACACACACACUGCCAUCCCAUUCUGGAGAAUUCCCUGUGGCUUUUCAAAGGGUGGGGAAAUGGGGGUAGUGAAUUGCAGGAGGCAAUAAAACCCAAGAGUACAAGUGGAUAAUAGCUUGUUUUCUCUUUCCUGGAUGCAGGACAAAGGGGUUUUCUUCAAUAAUAUAAAUGCCUUCUUGGACAAAAAUGCUGCUUAGGCAACUCCUGAUUUACCAUCAAUGCCUAGCAUUAUAUUAAAUUACUCAAUAUUGUUUAAAAAAAAGAGAAAAAGGGAGGGAGUUUGGUGGGGAUCUGAAGUGGCACCAUGCCUUUUGUCAUACUGUAAAUGUCAAUUUAGUUUGAAAUAGCGGCAGAUAAUGAAAGCUGUUCAUUUUUUAGUGACUCACGUGUAAUAUACUGCAUAUCCUUUUAUAGGAAAUGAUGUGCGAACAAAAUCCAUAGCUUCUAUGAUUAGUAGUUGCUGAUCUUCAGAGAUAAGUAGCCAAGACAAAGUGGGAAAGGGGGGGAAAGUGCGUCAUUUUCUCAGCAAGAAAAUCUCCUCAGAUAGCAGAAGGAUGAGGCUGUAAAUAAAAAUGAUUGUAAUGAAUCAUUUCAUUGAAGUGCACUCUAACUUAUGUUGAAAGGAGAGCCCAGAGGGCAUAAGAGGUUGUAGCUGAAUUCAAGAAGGGGAAAAAGACAUGGGGGUGGGGGAGAUGGGGACAGUAAGGUGGACCUUUCUAUUGUGGCCUAUUUUAGGACUCAUUCUAUUUUCUCAACUGUAAAAUAUUCUAACUGGUUUUAAUACUCUAUUUUAAAAUUGUACCCUGCCCUGGGGCCUCAUUGUGAAGGGCAGGUAAGAAAUCUAAAUAAUAAUUGCAGUAAUAAUAAUAUUUUAUCUAAACAAGCCUAGACAGAAGUAGAGAUAGAAACCUGGAAGGCAUUAAUUAGGAUUAUCUCAAACUUUACCUCAGCUUUGUGUGCAGUUUCUUUUAACCAUAUGCCUUGUUUACUGCCUCUGAUAAUGAAAGGCUGGUUCAAAUGACCCUGUGACGUGUUUUCUUUGGCAGUCAUCUCUUGAUAGCACACUGUGUGAAAUCCAUUCUUGUAGAGGGCUUAAUCUCAAAUCUGGCUUCCACAUCACUCCUGCUGGGCAGCACUCAGAAACAGGGAUUGUUAGACACCAAAGUCAAUUUGUAGUGGUGGGGAAAUAGUUUUUAGUCUCCAUGGCAGAUGUACCAUCCCAGUUAGUUCAGCAAUCUCAGCCUUUGAUUAUGAAGUUUUUGUCAGACUUGAGUCUCUCCAGCCCACAUGCUCCAUCAUCCAAUUCCCCCUCUACACCCACUCAACCUGAAGACACUUGCUGCCUCUGCUCCUGACCACCAUGUACUCAAAGGAAUGUGAGAAUGGGUUCUACAUAUGAUCAGGGUUCCUUACUGUAAAUACAGACUCUGUAGCCCCACAUAAAGUGCUAUGUGCCUGUUUUUUUCAUGCUCCACUCAAUAUAUGGAGCCAGUGGUGUAGUGGAGCAGGAAUACAGGUGAGUGUAGCUCUGGUACUUGUUUCAUAGCAAGAGUGAUGGAGUCAUAAGAUGAAGCAGGACUUUCCAGUGUUGCAAGUUUGGGAGAAUUAGACGACAGGUCUGGACUGGCACGCAACCUCUUUGUUAGGAAGGCUAGGCUCAGGCAAGAUCACCCUGUGAACUUCAUAACUAAUCAGAGAUAUGAACCCAGGUCGACACAGCCAAAGUCUAACAUGUCGAGUGCUACACCACUCUUUGCCAAUUCACUAUUGACUGUCAACUGAUCAUGAAUGGGUAUUAUGUUAUAUACUGCCUGCUUUGUAGAGCAGGGUCAGGGAACCUUGUGCCAAGGGGCCAAAUGUGGCCUUUCUGGCCUCAUUAUACAAUCCUUAGAACCUUCCUUGGCCCUUUCUUCUUCCUUCCCCAGGCAACUCCCCUCAAUGGCCUUGCUCUGCAUCCUCCUUCAUUGCUUUUGGUUGGCUGGAAUGUGUCCUUGCCUGGAUAGAGAAUAGAGAGGUGGGCAUGUACAUGAAGAAAGCUCUGCCUUUUCCAUGGCUGGAAUGUAAACUAUUGUACUAAGGUAAGCGACGCAUGGAUUGCUCCUCCCACUUUUGUCUCUGGCCACACCCACCACAGCCAGAAGUUUCCUCAGAAGGGGAUGUGGCCCUUGGACCACAAAACAUUCUCUACUUUUGCUUUAGCGUGCAUAUAAAUCAACACAGCUGCCAUGGCUAUGGACUUUCCUUGAAGGAGUGGCUGUGGGAGCUGACAGGAUGAGCUCCCCUACUUCAAAACUACCACUGCACCAUUACAUUGUAUUGUAUGGUGGACAGGGGCAAACCCAUUCUUGCAUUCCACCAAAUGCACAGUUCCCUGUGCCCAUGAUCCUGUUCCCAUUCAUACCACUGAAUGUGUGAAAUGGAAUGUGAAAGGCUUAGAGAAGCUCCUGUAAUCUUUUCUGCACUAGCAACUCGUAAAAGAUACAAUACGUGCGUGUUUUGUGAACUAAGGUUAGUAUAUGGGGAUACUAACAAUGAAAAGCAAAGUUACCUUGCUGCCCUGGGCGUAGCCAGGAUUCUUGUUAGGGCGCAGGACUUUCGUUAGGGGGGGCAGAACCAAUGUGAUUGGUCAGUUAGUAAAGUAUUUUUAUUGUUUUACUUGAUUGGGGAAGGGGGGUAGCUGCCCCUCCCUGCCUCCCCAACUAUGCCCAUGCUUGCUGCUUUGCCUACAGGGCAUUCCAACAGCUGGAUCAAUGUUGAGGGACAAACAUACCUGCCUAUAAAUAUGUCUCUGCUCAUGGAUGCUUAUGCCCACUUAUUUAAUAUCACAGAAUUAAAAACUCUGUACAAGAAACAAUACUUACCCUGCAUUUUAAUACAUGUGUAAAAACUUAGUUGAUAUCUGCAGCAUUGUUAGUUGAAUUGUCCACAGGCUUUUUUUUAGUGAGAGAGAUCAACAAUUAUUGGUUUUAGUACAUGGAAACCUCAGAAGCUGCCAUAUACUGAGCGAGACCAUUGGUCCAUCAAGCUCUGUAUUUCGAAAAUGACUGGCAAAGGCUCUCCAGGGGUUCAGACAGAAGUCUCUCCAGCCUCUACCUGGAGAUGCUAGGGAUUCAACCUGGCAUCUUCUGCAUGCAAAGCUGAUGCUCUAACCACUGAGCGACAGCCCUUCCCCUUGCUGAUGAGAUUUAUGAAGGGGGGAAAAUACCACUAAAAUUAGAUUUUGCCAGUACUGUGAAUAUAUUUAUUCAUGUCUGGACCAGUAGAAGAAAAACCAUUUUUCCAUGCUAUAAAUUUUAUUAAAAACAACUAAUUAUACAUUUGUAUCAAUAAAUUAACAAACAAUUGAAUUGGCACGCACUAAUACAGAACGUUCACUUACAAAAUUGAAGUGUAAUUUCUCUUUAUGCAUCUUUUUAUACUUGUGACUGAUGCAAAAGAGGGGAAAUUGCUAAGUGAACUCUGGAGUGCCCUCAGUGUUACACGUGCACUCAAAACAAUUACAAAAGUAUUUGAAAUAAUACUUCCAUUGGAAACAAUUGGUGUGUGUGCUUGUCUUUUGCUCUGAAUCAAUGGAUGUGUACACAUGCUUUCAGAAUCCAUAUGGAUCCGUGUGUAUUAGAUAAUACUAAAUACACUUAAGGGAGAAAAGCUAGGAUCAAUACUGUUCUGAUAAUGGAAAAAAUGAUUUAGUAAGAAAAGAUAAAUGUCUGAACCCUAGAAAGGUUACAUAAAGUUAGCUGCUUAAAAUUAACAUUACAUUUCAAUCAUGAGUGACUUGUCUUGUUUCUCAAAUAUUUGAAAGACAAAACUCUUCAAGGCUGUUCUCCUUUCUGUUUUCCAGUUCAUGUUGCUCCAGCUGAUGAUACUCAAAUGUUACACGAUUGAUAUGUUUGCCACUCGAGACCAUUCGCAGCACAGUGUUGUCACAGCCUAUCUUCAUUUGGGCUAGUCAAAAGAUAAAGAACACCUUGUUAUUGUUUGGAAUAACAGACAAUACACGACCAUGUCAGCUGGAGCUGUCCAAAAUAUGAGGAAAGCACUAUGUUUGUGAAGGUUGCAUUAGUCUAUAUCUAAAGCCCAUUUCUAUGUAAUAAAAAAGGAAGAAUGUCACUGCACAGCUCUCACAGAAGGAUUUGUAGAAUUCUGGAUUUGAAUGAAGUCAGGGUAGGGCGAGGGAACAAAAGUUGCAUAACAGCAAUGGUCAUGGCAUGGAAAAAAAGAAAGGAGGAAUAUAGAGAGGAAAAGUGGUGGUUUAAAAUGUAACAACAGAAGUUUGAGUAAAGGAGGGGUGAAAGAAACUGAGAGGGAAAUGGAAGUUUUAAACAACAGAGAUUUGAGUUAAUUGCAUUCCUUAUAUGAAAGUACUAUGAACUAUUUGAGAGCUCAACAUUCAUUAUCCCUCUCAUAUGAGGCAGUUAGGAAUGGAAGUGUGAGUAUAGCAAAAAGAAUGAAACACUGAAAGGGGGACAGUGCCAGUUUCUAAAAUUGGUAGAGGUUUGAGUAAUGCAGAAAUGGAGAGAUACUGAGAGGGGGAAAGUGGCCAUUUUAAACAAUGACAGAAAUCUGAAUAAAGCAGGGAUGGGGAAAGUACUGAUUUUAAACAAUGGUAGAAGUUUUAGUAGAGUGGGCAGGGAAUGAAACUGAGUGGGAAAGGUAGCAGUUUAAAACAAGGUUUGCGUACAGUGAGAAGGGAGUUUUGAAAGGCUCUGUGAUGUUAGCUUUUUAUGUUAUAUCCAUCUCUGUUACUUCAUCCUGUUAAAACUGUUGUUGUUUUUAAAAAGCUCAGUGUCAUCAAGUACAGCACUGGCAUAGUGAAACUUACCUCAACUUGGUGCCUCCAGAUAUUUUGGAAUACAAAUCUCAUCAGCCUCAACCAACACAAACACGCUGACUGAGGCUGAUGGGCAUUAUAGUCUGAAAUGCCUGAAGGGCACCAGGUUGGGGAAGGUUGGCACAGUGUCAUUCUCUUGCUCCUUAGCUAAGCACCAUAUAUGAUGGACGCAACAGAUAGCAGUGUCAGUGCAGUCUCGCAGCGUAAGGUGUUAUUCCAGCAGUGCAGGUAAAUAGCAGCAAAAUAUUUAGGACUUGAGUGUAAAGCAAUCAGAUUUCACAACUCUUUCUGUAUCAUUCUUUGGAAACAUUUGAACAGGUGACAUUAAAGCAAGAACUCACCUGGGCCAUGGAAGGAGUGGCACAGAUCAGCUAAAGGGAACAUCUUAGAGGGAUCUAACCCAUUUCCUCCCAAGAGCUCCAAAAAAUCUCCUACUUCUCCACAGCCUACGGUGGGUUUCUGUAAAAAGAGAUGCAGAAUUAAGUGC